AAUUCACAAUCCAAUUGUGCAUGAAUGUCAUUGCAGUUAAACACGAUGCUUCAGUUGAUGAAGGUUGAUGUCCUUUGGGACGGCCUGCAGCAGUUCCCCACACGGGACGAUCUCCAACGCUCCACUUUGUACAGCACGACAUGUCACUGUAUCUGAAAGUGAAAAGAAAUGAAAAAAUAAGCACAAUUCAAGAGCCUUCUCUCAACACAACAUCGUAGGACUGAUCUCAGUCCCAUAUCCGCUACGUUCAUCCAGCAGUCCGCAUAAUUGUAAGUUCGUCAUCAUAGAUCAGAUCAAUACAAGCUAAAUUAAUAUUUUGUAUUACCUUCAGAAGCAGGAAGGGUUGGGAGCCCGCACAGCCCGGCGAUGCCAGACCUGAGGUCAUGAGUCAGAGUGAUGCCUGCAGAAAGAACUACAGUUAGAAAUAAUACCCAACAUCUGUAGGACAGUAGAGUGGCUGUUAAUGGCAAAAAUGGCCAGCACAGUCAAAGACCAUCCUGUACUCUUGCAUGCUAUUGGAGCACCUUGGACUACAAACAAGUCCCAGGUCAUUAGAAUAGCAUGCUUCAAUUUAGAAUUGAGGGGAAAUGAGAAUUAAACUUACCAAGACAUGAGCAGUCUUUAUCCAGUCACUAUAGUGGUCAGCCAUUGUCACCUUAGGAGAGCAGAAUAAAAUACUAUCAAUUUGUGAUUCUGCUGCCAUUACCACCUCCUAAAGAGAUGUUAACAGGAGUGGCUCAGUUAAUAUUGUCUCAGUCAGACAGAGUCAGUGAGGGCAAGUUUGUAAUCACAGCCAGGAUAUUUAGGUAAUGUGGCUAUAGAGCUUACCAGCAAGUGAUGUAGAUGAGGUGCUUAGUCUUCUCACUCUCAGCAGUACCUGCAGACACACAGAAGUAAGGGUUAACAUUUGUAACUUUUAAGUGCUCUGAUUGGUCAUUACUCCGACAUGUUGAGACUGAAUGUCCUUCCCCUUAAUGUUGCUGUAACAGUUACUUCAAACUGAACAGCGACCGUCGGUGAAAGUCUUCUUCUAGGCAUCCUGAUGACCGUUCACUGCUACAUGAGAACACGAACGGCUUCGAUAGGAGCCCGUCACAUGAUAGAACAGUGUGAAAAAUCAUACCUGUAACGUAUGCGGACGACCAGGGUGGAAACUUGAUGCAGCCAUUACUGUUCGAGUCUGUAGAGGAGAGGAGGAGACACAUUAAGCAACUAAAUAAAGUCAAAAUUACAAAACAUCAGCUUUAAACAAACGUUGCAUCAAUUGGUUAAUUGCUAAAAAGCCUUGUUGAUCAUAGGCCAAGUUAGUUACACAGUUACAGCAAUGAGAAGUUUAACUUGUAUUCUGAAGAAUAGUUAGAUUAGUUAGAUCAGACCAGGACCGAGCCACGUGGUCCACACGAAGUAAAAGCACUCGUGCUAACAUUUAGCCUAGCCAAAUCACAUCAAGGCCUAAACUCCAUUGCGUGUUAACAAUAGUGAUUUGAUUUUAACACUAAUGUUAAUACUGUAGUUUGAUUAUGAAAGCAUUACCAGUGCUAACACGUGCUACCAGUUAGCUAGACUGCUAACGCACUUAGCAUUACUUGGAGUUAGUCGGCUAGAUUUAAUACCAUUGUUUAAAGCAAGAGGUAAUAACAGCAAAGUUCAAAUGUUGAGUUAGAAUAAGGAGCUUGUCGAGGCCUCACCAUGGUUAGAAGUCUGUCGAGCCUUCAUCUCGAGGAGAGCAGGAAGAGAGAGAGAGUAGGGAGGCUCCCGUUGCCUUUAUACACGCUAGCGCCCUCUGAUUGGCUCACACAGCUCACGUGCACCGCUUGCAUGACGGGAUAUGUAUUCCUACAACUUUUUCUUUUUUUGGACGAAGUCUUGUUGUAUUUUAUGUUUGUUGACACUUUCAAAAUCAACGCAAAAGGUUUUUUUUCUGCGUUUCCUUCGACACUUGUUUGUCUGGGAAUAAGACAGAAUGUGACGUAUUGUGUAUAAAGACAGAAACACACACAUCAGUGGGAGGUUAUAUGUGUGGAAAUGGAGGCUGUGUGGCUUCAGAACCACGGACAGCACCAACCUCCGCCUGGUGCAGUUUCCAUUAAACAACAUUAAAGUGAACCAUGUGAUAUUUGUGCUCCGUUGCUUUCAUCGUGUUGAUAUUCCACAGACUGCACGUGCUGCACAAUCCACACAAAGGACUCCCUGUGUGCAACAACGAACACCUGCAUUUCCCAUGACUUCAAAUCCAGCUAAUCUCCGACCCUGUUCACAAUAACACACAAUCGCCUGAUUCAUGGCUGCAGCAGGUUUACGGUGGUGGAUCGUAGGUAAAGCCGUCACAUGACCCGCCGUGCCCCGCGUCUCCUCCCGAGCAGAAGGCGGCGGCAGCAGCAGCAGCAUCAGCGGGAGCCGCAUCGGCAGCAGUAGCCGGGUUUCAUGUAAACACAGCGCUCAGGGCUUUGUUCAACACACACACACACACACACUGAGACUCUCCGCCGGUACCGUCCCCGCUCGUCAUGCCAUGGAUAUUUUGUGGCAAUACCAGUUCAGAAUCAUCCUGCUCGGGGACUCCACCGUGGGGAAGUCGUCGCUGCUGAAGCGCUUUUCGGACGGGAUCUACAGCGAUGUGGCGGAUCCCACGGUCGGGGUAGAUUUCUACGCCCGCUCGAUGGACAUCGAGCCCGGGGUGAAGAUAAAGCUGCAGCUCUGGGACACGGCUGGUCAGGAGCGGUUCAGGUCCAUUACGACUUCAUAUUACCGCAACUCUGUGGGCGGGCUGCUGGUUUUCGAUCUCACCAAUCGCAAAACCUUUGAGCAUGUGAGGGAGUGGCACAAGGAGGUGAGUGAGCACAUCCUACCUCACCACAUGGUCUACAUCCUCAUCGGCCACAAGAGUGACCUCAACAAGGACCGCAAGGUGACCCGGGACGAGGCGGAGCAGCUGGCGGGCGCCCUGGGCAUCCGCUACGUGGAGACCUCGGCCAAGUGCAACAGCAACGUGGACCGGGCCUUUGAGCUGCUGACCAGAGACAUCUACGAGCUGAUGAAGAUGGGUGAGAUCGUCACCCGCGAUGGAUGGGAUGGUGUGAAGAGCGGCCUCACCGCUAAGGUCCUCUACCCGGCCGAUGAAGAAGAGGAACUGGCCAGGGCGUCCGCUGAAAAGGGCUGCCACUGCUGACUGAGAUCUCUGUGUGUCCAAACACUGUCCUGUCACACCCGGAGCUCGCCCUCGCCUCACAGCCAUCCAUCGAGGCUCAGCACCCCAUGAUAACCAUCAUCCAUCACUUCUUCACCCUGUGCUUCAUGCCCUCUCUGUAUGUGGGACGACUGAGAUUAUUUUCAGACAGAGGGGGGGUCAGUGAACAUCCUGGCGUGUAUCUUAUAAACAAGUUGUGUCUCUAAAUUCAUAUGGUGUAGCACAAACCAAGCUGUUUUCAUCCUUUUAGGCCAAAAAACAGAGAGAGCGUGUAGAGGUGAUCAGGUGUUGGGGCUGAGGGUGUAGUCAAUACUCCUUUUCAUAGCACUGGUGAUAAUGUUCUACUGAGCAUACUGAGGAUACUGUGGUCGGGCAUCACUCCACCUUCAUACGGCACUAGUGUGUGGUUUCUACCUGUCAAAGUCUGUGCAACGCUUUGCCUGCAAUCCUAUGUGUCUGUUAUAUUGUAAAUAAUAGUGAAAUCUGUAGAGAUGGAAGCUGAAAGGUCACUAAAAGCUAUUUAAUUGAUAUCGUGAACCGACACAGUGCCCUCCACAAUAAGUGUCACAAUAUGAAAUCUAUGUGCUCCCCCCGCUCAUGUAAGCUGUAUGUGCACUUACGCCAAAUUGACCUAAAAUUGGGAUCAUUCUGUGAAUACUGGAGUAAUGUUUUGUAAAGAAAAAUAGAGAUUAUUUCUAGUUAAGUUGUACACAUAAAGAUAGGUCAUUGUAAUUAGGAUAGAUGGUCCUAUUUAGGUAUUUGUAUUAUAGCAUCAACAGCAGCAAGACAUCAACAUCAAAAUAAGUAAUCUCUCAGACCUUUUAAUGUGUCAUCAGUAUUAGUGAAGACGUGUUUGAUUAAGAACCAAAAGGAGUUUUCAUUUCACCAACUGUCGUUUGUAGCUUCAACAAACAACCGCUCAUUCAGGCCUGAGGUGGUGAUGAACUCAUUAAAUCGGUGGAUGGAUGUGUUGCUCCCUAUAUGUUGUGUUCCAGAGUUUGUCAGAGAGCAGGGAAUGUGGGUUCAAGUCUAGAGAAAUGUCUCACCUCCAUGUCGAAGAACAUUAUGAUAAACUCCCGAAGCUAGUUAUGUGUGGGGGUUGAGCCAUGCAGCAAAUAUGCAGAAUCAUGGCUCCUGGGUUGGCAUUUAGCAAGGGACCUUUGUCACAUGUUGUUGCCCCUCUCACUUUUCAUCAGGGCCUUCACAUAAUAGUUCAACAUUCUCAGAAUGACGCUCAUCCAAAUUCUCUCUGAGAGGUUAUCGAGAAGUUGAUGUGUUGCCUCAUGUCUGUGUGUGAGGUAAGAAUCUUGAACCAUUAGCGUAGCUUAGCUUGAAAUAGGGGUAAACAGCAAGCCUAGCUGUCUCCAGCCAUUAGAAUAGUCGGCCGCAGUGACAGUUGUCAGUGACAUCACCUUGUGUGGUAAAUUGUGCCUGAAAAGACAUAGAAAAACUACACUGGCAUCAACAAAUAUCUAAAGAAAUGCAACUAUUUCUAAAAUAUAUAGAUUUUUAUGAAUCUGCUUGGGUCCAUAUUGAACAACUGAGACGAUGUGUUACCUUAGAACUGUCUGAAGGUGUAUAUCUGUCCAGCUUCUGCUGGGAGCAGUUCCCCCUGCUUCCAGCCUGUAUGCUAAGCUAGUUAUCAAAAUGCUUGUUCUCAAUCAUGGAAAUGUGACGAAAUCAUCCAUCACAUCAUCAUAAAUACAAAUCUCAUGUUGAAAAGUGCUGUUUACGUUCCUGAAAUUAUUUUGAUAAGCAAGUAAUGGAUGAAGAAGUUUUCUGGCCAUAUUCCGGAACAUUGGUUUUUCGACAAUGAGGUCAUAUUAUUUCAAUUAGUACACCUAAUAUUGCAGGAAUAAAGUCAAAAUAUUAUUCGGAAUACUAAACUCUAAGUGUAAUUAGAAAAAAGUUGUACAAUUUUUUGAAAAAGAAAGACACAUGGAUUCUUAGCCUAUCUUUUUAAAGUCUGGAUACUUAUGAGAACAUGGUGCUGAUGUUACAAAAGUAUUUCAUUAUUUGUGAAACCUAUACUAGAGUAUAACUUAACGUGGUCCACAUUCCACACAGGAGAUUAUGACUUUAUUCUUGUAACAUGACUUUAAUCUCAAAAUCUCCGAUUCCUUUGAUGGUCAACUUGCUGAUGAGAGCAUGUCUACGCACGAUUUAACCGUGCACAUGACAGCAAUAACUUCCUUUAACACAGACGAUGGUGUACGCUCUCAAGUCUCUGGAGUCUCUUUACUGCUCCAUUAAUCUGGUGUUUACGAGCCGACAAUAGACCACAGUCUACUUGGCCGGGGCACUCACCUCUCCUCACACACUUUAAUCACCUUUCACCGGCAUCUCGUGAAAACACCUGUCCACAAACACACUGCAACCAGCAAGAGAUUAUGCAUUCUGUUCGUACUUUGCGUUCAUGUGAUCAAGCUUAUGUUUUUCUUUGAGUUAAUAAAUGUUGUGUUAGGGGACAGAGUACAUGUAUGACCACUCGUUGGUUGCAGCCUAGUUUUCAGUAAGGAAUGUAUUGUAAAAUAUUUGCACCAUCCCUUUAUUUGAUUGAACUUUUCUGUAACAGAUCCACACUGUAUUCUCUGUUGUCAUGUUACAGUCAGGUUUAAAUACAAUGUAACCAUAUGUGAUACAUGUUUUUUUGUUUGUUUGACAAUCAGACAUUAAUAUCUUGUGUUCACGGUGAAGCUGAGGACUCGUCUGUCUAAAAUCUCCAUGUAACAGCCAGUCUGACUGUGUGUAAUACUACAACUACCUUCCUCACUUUGCUCUCUCAUGUAAACAGGGUUACAUUGUAUGAUAUUGUUUACAUUUGUACGUUGAGACUCAGCAAACUGUUCUCCGAUGAGCAUGAUUCCCAUUCCUGCAGCACUCAGUGAUCAGAGUGAAGACAGCGACCUGGUUACAUUUAAAAGUCCACUCUGCAAACACAUGGAAAAUGUGCUUAAUUCCCAUCAACCAGUAGUGGGCGCCUCAAUACCCAAAAAUGAUUAAAUAUUUAUAAAACAUUUGUAAUUGUACAAUUACAGAUCUUUUCCGUCCCCGUUCACAGUACUCUAUUACUGAAAGCUAAAAGGGAGCAGUUCAACUUUUCUUGAAAUAUGCCUUUUCCUGUUCUUCUCACAGAUUGUGACUAAUUCCCCGCAAAAUAUUGAACUGUCCCUUUAAUGAUUUUUUAACGUUAUUCACUGGAGUCAAACCACCCUGCUGAUAGGGCGUCUGUACCACAGAACGUCCGCAUCCGGAAGGCCCACAGGAUGGUACAUGGUACAUAACUAUAACCAUUGGUCACAUUUCACAGCUUUACUGAAUAAAUGUUAUUUAUUUUAUAUAUUAUGUAUAAGAGAUUCAUUUAUUUGAUGUGAUUUUAUUGAUUGGUUAAAAAACAAUAAAUGGAUGCCCAAUAAGUGA